AUGCUCUCGUUCCGCACCGCCCUGGCGGCGAGCCUAGUGCCCCUCGGCGCUCUCGCCGCGUUCCACUCCAACGACACCGCCUGCACACGCCACUAUACCGUACAGGCCGGCGACACCUGCGACACCAUCGGACAAAAGACCCUCACUUCCACCUACCAGAUCCUCGCACUCAACCUCCUCGAGGCCGGCAGCGACUGCUACACUCUCGAAGUCGGCCGCAAGCUCUGUCUCGGCCGCUUCGGCAACGACUGCCAGUUUGUCCACCGCUGCACCAACGGAGACACCUGUGACUCGAUUGCAGCGCAGUACGGAAUCAGCCAGGAGCUCCUCCAGGACAACAACCCCAUCCUCGACUGCGACAUCGUCUACGACGGCCUCGUCCUCUGCGUCACCCCCGGCUCCGUACGCCCGCCCGCCGACAGCAGCAUCAACUCGACCGCCAUCCGCAUCCAGCGCGAAGAAGCACAGCAGCGCCAACGUCUACAGAGGAUUCAGGAGGCAGAGGACGAGGCAAAGGCAGCGGCCCAAAAGGCUCAGACCCCUCCCCACCGCAGCUCCAAAAAGGGCAGCAAGAACCGCGGCUCCUCGAAAGAGAAAGAGUCGGCCGGCUCCACGGGGCAUCACACGACCGAGAAGGGCUCGCCAAAGAAGCAGCACUCCUCUGAACACAGCAACCACGAGCAGCAGCAGCAGAAGCCGCACUCUGAUGCAUUGUCCCAUGGCAAGAAGCACGAGCAGGGAGGCGGAGCCAAGGCCGUCGAGGGCGCCAACUCGCACGCUGCCCGACCAGACGUUGCCACGAAGCCAAAGCAUCACGACGGUGCGGCAGCAGCAGCAGCAGCAGCAGCUGCGACAAAGCCAGGCCCCAAGGACAGCAAGGCUGUGUAUGAGCACGGCCACAAACCGCAUCCUGCCGCAGCAGGGGCGGCGGUGGGGGCGGCGCAUCCUCUGCAGAAGCACCCUCUCUCGGACCUGAAGCCGGAGCAGGCGUCCAAGGACGUGGUCGAGGACGAGCACGUCAAGGCGAACCGGACGGCACCAGCGUCGUCGGCCUCGCACCUGCGCGGACACCACACGGGUGUCAACCACACCCACCGCCGACCGGCCAAGCACGCCGCGGCCGUACCGGCGGCGGAUACCGAGGUCUCGCCAUCGUCGUCCUAA